UAUACAUAUAAUAUACUUGCUGUUUUUAUUAUUAAAUUAUAAUAUAUUCUACAAUUCAUAAGGAAAUUUUCUAUCAAACUUAAAAAAAUCGAAAUCUUUAAUCUUUUUCGCUAUACAUUUUUAAAACGAAGGUCAAACUAGUAAUAUUUAUGACUUUAACAUAAUAAGAAAAGGUGAAAGGUGAAUUUAUCGUGAAACGAUGUGAUUUUUGGCAGAAGGAGAGCCACUAUAAAAUUCGAAACGAUUCUUAGUAUGAACAUCAGUCUUUCAAUCGAGACUAACCUCGAGAUUCAUCUACCUCCAAAAUGAAAACCAUUGCUAUUAUUUUUGCUCUGGUUGUUGUUGUUUCCGCUGCGCCUCAAGAAAUAGUCCUCGUUAAAGAAACUCCCUCUGACAAUGUUGGACUUGGUGGUUAUAACUACGGUUUCCAACUUUCCGACGGUCAAGUUAAACAGGAAUCUGCAGAAGUAGUCGAAGGAGGAACUGAUGGUCAAUUCUUACGAGUUCGAGGUACCUUCUCUUUUGUUGAUCCACAAACUAAUGUUGCAUAUACUGUAAAUUAUGUUGCCGAUGACACUGGUUUCCAUCCACAAGGAGAACAUCUUCCACGAGUUUAAAUUUUUCAAAUAGUUGAUACAGAAUAUUCAUUAAUUGCUAUAUAAUAUUUUCCAUAGAUUAAAAAUUUGAUUAUUUUGAAUUUUAUUUGUUUUUGAAAUCAAUAUUAUAUAUAGAAUAAAUACACACUUACUUGGUUAUUUGUAAAAUAAUGUAAACUUCUAUUUAUUUUUUAUUUUGUAAAAUAAUUAAAUAAAUAUUGUAUUUAUGUUUAUGAAUAAAUUGUUAAAUAAAUAUCAUAAUUAUUAAA